AUGAAAUCAAAUAUAUCCUUGAUUCAAUACUCAACAACGUGAUACGCAGUGACGACAGCUGAGAUAAAAAUUAUGAUUCAUAUUUCGAUUCAGAAUCGGCAUUGCGACAUCAUUGUAUUGAGCCAUGAUCUGGCAUUUGCGAUAUUGUCUUGGUAGGUUCCCGUCGUGAUUGUGUUCUUUGACAUCGACGCGUCUGAGAGGUGUUGACAGAGACGAAAAUGGCCUUUUUUGCAAACGGAGGACCGCCAUCAUCGAGCUCAAGCUCGUCCUCCGCGGGUGGACCGAUGAGCACCCGGGGUCGAACAUUCGCCACUAAGUUCACCUACGCACCGUCAGAGCCCCGACUUAAGCGAGAUCCUCUGUCAUCUACAGGAAUUGGGUACCACGCGGGGGGCUUUUUUGACCGCGAAACGCUGACGAAACGGGCCUUUGGGCUUGGGGCCGGAGGUGAAGCAGGAAAGAAGAAUGGUGGGCAGCAGACUACAGAGCAAGAUAAAAGUAGGGGAGGCGUUGAACAACUAGUACAUCAGACUCAGAGAGAAACUAUCAAGGUAGGUGGCGGUGCUUCGACGACUUCAAUCGAGUCUCUGCAGGCGGAUUACGAGCGGCUGGCGAAAAAGAUGGACGCGCUGAAGAAACAGCAUGAGCAACGUCUUGUGCUCCAGUCCUUCGCAGAGAAUCCACGGAAACCGAUAAAUGGCGUUUUCGCUCAUUAUCGGAAGAAACGUAUGAAAUGGACAUCUUCGGGUGACCCGACUGCUGUAGUACAAGAACAACUAGGUGCAGGUGCUAAAGAAAAGAAAAACGGAGGAGACCGUCCGCUAGAACAAGCAGAAGAUCUUCUGGAUCCUGCAAGAACAUCAAGUACCCCUCCACCUGGCGACUCAAACAGAGGUAAGAAUGUGAACAAGCUGAGCGCAUCGCACCUAACGUUUUCUCCACAAGAACGACGUCCUUCAUGGGUCCAAGCACCAGCAACGUCCAAGAACGCGGGAAGGAAAUUUAGCGUGAGUGCUGGAUCAAGCAAAUCUAGUAUCCACCAUCAUGGAGACCUCAAGAUGAGCUCCCUACAAGCUUCACCCAUCCCAGACGAGUCGUCAUAUCGAGAUCCUGUGGGUGGCGCUUCUCAGCUCCGGAACUCCCGUAAUUCGAACGCCUCUGGAGCUUUACAUUCGAGUGUUGUUGGCCUAGGGACGAUGAAGGAAGGAGUUGAAGAUCUUCACCAACAUACCUCCAGUGGAAACGAAGAUGCCCAAGAUGGUCGUCAAGGCGCUGUUGGAGCCGAGCAGGGAAAGAAACCUGGUCUAGCCGCUAAGAAUUUCCAUCUUGGUCUAGAACAGCGAAUUCUCCUGACGGCGACGCGAGAACUACAUUCUCAACGGAAUGCGAAUAUCCGAGAAGCCGCGGAAGAAAUCUCUGCCGCGUUACGUACAAAGCGGUUUGCGCGUCUACAUCUCGAGGAGUCAACCGCCGACUACCUCGAAAAUGUACAAUUUUGGGCUUAUCUCAUCCAGUAAUUGAUAGAUAUUGAUAUUAUUGAAGAUUUUCUGGGGAGUUUCGUUUUUCUUCCACCUGCAGUGCCUUCUAGGUACAUUUCCAAUCAUAUUCAAGUGUUGUUGCUAUUGUUUUAGAACCAAGUACAACUUCCUUGAUGGUCCAUCGAAGCGAGCAGACACGAGGAACAGUGGUAUUGCUAAAAAAUAUAGCGACUUGAAAAAAAUGGUUUUGAACAACAUCAUGUAGUCGUGAUCAGCAAUGGUAUUGCCACUGGAACUCGACUAGGUUGUAAACCGGUGGCCGGUUUGGUAUACGAAGGUUCAGGAACUUCGCGACGACUUGAUGCACCACGGAGAGCGCCUGUCGACGUUGAAAUGGAACGCAGAACAUUGUAACGAGGUUUUGGCCGUCCAACAGGGACUUCAAGUUUUCCGGCAACAAGUGGAGCAAGAGAUUGCAGCUGCUGACGUGCAUGAACUAGACGACUUUGCUUUAGAUUUUGACGUAGUUGCGCAUGGUCACGGCAAGGAGGCACCAGGUAAGGAUGGAACAACAGGUGCGGCGGAUGAGGAUGAGGCUGAAAAAAUAAAGGGCGGCGAGGAAACGCCAGUCGUGCCUGCAUUGAACUUGAGUUCUGUCCUGGAUCAUGUGAGCCCCGCAGCACUGAAGCCACAGAGAAGGGCAGAACUCGAAGACGAAGACGUGAAAAUGAAGAGUCCGCACGCUGACGCGCUCCUGCCGCAUGGCGACGAGGGAAAAACGCUCAAAGCGCGGACUAUGAACGUUCCACCACCUACUUCAUCGCGACAGUUUCAGGUGCACCAAGGUGCGAAUCGUUUCGAUCCGCUUCAAGCAGCGGAUUACAUGACUGCUUUUACUCAGCCUCUGGACGCGCCUGGGUUUUCGAAGACGCAAGAACUGAGAAAGGCGAAAGAAGAUGCGAAAGCGAUGCGCACCGGCCUCCAAACAAUGCGCGAAAAAUUGCGGUAUCUGGAAAACCCGAACGUCGACUACCACUGCCGGAAAGAUGAAAAAGGCAAGGAUCAUCUUCGUGUUGAAGAUGACCAAAACCAAAACGCUGCCACUUCUGCCCAGUCAAAAAGCGCGACACAGCAGGAGGAGCAGCAUCUAUCUGAUCGUGAUGCCGCACAAAUCAAUGGCGGACGGAAACGAAAGCCGGAAGGCGAGGCCGCGGACCCUCAGCUCCUAGAUGGGCUUUCGACUUCUCCGGCGCAAGCGCCUUCUUUAGCACGGACAAAGUCCGCUGCGGCGGCGCGACCUUCAGGGCAAGAAGCGGGUGACACGUGUGUCGCGAUGAACCCUGUCUACGCUGAGGUCGGCGAUAUGCCGCGCAUGGACGUGCCGCAGAUCAGUCCGCGGUCCGCUGGACAGGUCGCUCGUCGCUUGGGUUCACCACGAGGGCCGCGCCAGGGUAAAGCUGAGUUCCUGCCAGCAGGAAGCGUGCGAAGUCAACAUGUGGCGCCAGACGAGGAUAAUCUGGACAAGACUGGACUUACGUCCGACUCGGACGAGGAGGACAUAGUUGCAACAAACGCGUUGAAAGCUGACCAAACGUCUAAAACAAAAACGCAGGGAGUUGCACAGCACUAUAUAAGUCCGUCAAUCGUAGAGGCUUCUCAGGAGUCCGCCUCUGUGUUAGUCGGCGGCCGCGGCAGUGGUGCGGUGUCGCAUGAAAGCCUGAAGAUGUUACCCGAGGAGCAGCGGGCUGUCGAGGAGAGCUGUGGUGCGCAACCUGUUUCCAAUCUCCAGGCAGCGAAUGCAGCCACGAGAAAACAGUACACACAAGCCGGCCCCUCUAGUCGGCUGGGGAGGCUGCAGGAAACGCCAGAGCAUGCUAAGCCGCGCAUUGGAACCCUCUCGCAGCUGAACAGUGUGCGAACCGAUGAUUCAGAGCAAAGUCAAGACCUGCUUUCCAUCGCACAGGACUACCAGCGAUCGCGGAACGCGUCAGAGGUUCCGCAACUCUCUGCAAGGCCGAGCCCGCGAGGACAGCUUAACAGUAGCAACGGUCUCGUUCCCGACCAGCGAGGCGUCAUGAGUCUGAUCGACGCAUCCUCAGCACAACUAGCCAUGACAGCCGGAAGUCAGCAGAGCAAAAUGGGUGGGACGAGUGGCGUCGCCCCGUCAGCAGGAAGAGGGGAACAAGUCUUCUCUUCUUCAGCAGAGCAAAAUUAUGCGCAUAUGAAUAAUGAAAGCAGCAACAAGGGUUCGUCGGAAGAUAGCCAAGCGAAGAUUCCACCACAGAGUAUUUUGAUUGGAGAACGCGUCGUGCCGCCUUCUCCUCGAAUGUCGCGCACCCUGCAGCAAAGCGGAGAGUCGAGCCGCGCAAACAUUUCCUCAAUUCCGAACGAGGAAAGCGUACAUCUGUGGCAACAAGGAUCGCGGCAGACGUUGGCCACGUCUACGGAACGUGCUGCUCGAGACGCUGAUACUGUUAACGCUGAACGUGUGCUAGUGUCAGGGGACGAGGGAGUUCGGUCGAAGGAUCCUCAAGAACACGAGCAGGAAGAUGAUCACGUUGGAGAUGACGUGUUUCGGAGCCACCAGAAGUCAGUGUUCCUUGCGGAGGGCGAGGAGGAUGACAGCAGCGACGAGGAAGACCCCCUCAAGGAUGCGAUGAUGUUUCCCAUAAGUGGGAACGGUGCACUCUAUUCCGCUUCCGCACAUGCAAUAAAUCAAUUGUCGACUGGAGGAAGAACGAGCAAGAGCAGCGUAGCGUCGAGUGAGGAUCGAAUAGCCUCUUCCUCUGCCAACGGCAGCAAGGAUGCAGGUGGUGCGAUGAACUUGGGUACCAGAGGACCACCCUGUGAUGUUGCGGAUCCACUGCUGGGUCAGGCCUUAGGUGCUGGCUCGCCAACGUCAGAAGUAACGAUUCGGCGCGACCACAUGCAGACAGCGCGCGACUCUACGGUGACGCUGACCGACAUCGCCGCCGACAGCAGUGGACUGCAAGGGGCGCAAGGAGGAGCCGCGUCCUCUAGUACGUCCCAGUCGCAUGCGACCACGAUUUAUGCGACCCCGAAGACGCUGAACAGUUCGAACUCGAUCGCUUCCAAAUACGGCGGUUCCGCAACGGUGAAAAAGGUUGUUCACACAGAACGGCGCACGAGAGCCGGAGACUAUUCCGUUUCCAACAACCUGCGCCGCCAAAUCUCCGCGGAUCUCUCGGUGAAGCUCUUCUGCUUUGCAUUUCUGGCGGAACUGGUAGAAGAUCAGCUCCAAGACCUAGACGACCUUCGGGGCUAUCUAUCCGACUCAAUCUUCACGCAGAACAUGACGUCGGCUCGCGAAAGUCUAGACCUCGACUUCAUUUUUCGUUUUCUCAUGGACAUUCAAGACCAAAACGAAGACGUCAUCGAGGAAUUUUUCGAAGCGGACAAUCUAGGUAUUCUUUGCCUCCACUUCUUGUGAAAAAUGCAGUUGCAAUUCCAAAUACUUAGUUACUAGAUUUAAUAAACAUUACUGACAAGAAGUUUUACUUUCUUGAGCCAAAUGGCAGCAUGGAUUCAAUUUGUGUAAGGAGGAUUGUUACAGGGACAACAACAAAGUCUAGAAGAAUUUGACUCGUCUUUGUUCAUGAGUCAACACAACUACAAAGUCUGGCGAGAGAAUUCAUCACGUUCAUGUCCUUACUUCGUCUUCCAGUCCCCACACACACACCUUUAUUCAAUCUUCAAAAUCAGCCGUCGAGCAUAUCCACGCCGCAUUGUUCUUGCUUCCGAUGGACGAGAACCCGCAAUUUGUGAAGGUUUUGAGGGAACAUUGUAACUUCCUCGAGGCUCGCCGUGGGCGGCAAAUCCUCGAGAAGCAUUGCGAGUGGUAUGCGCAAAAGCGACAGCAGGGUGGAUUGCGGCAACCAGGAAGUGCGUCACGACGUCCCCAACAGCCACUGCGUUUGAAUCCAGCCUUUCUCGGAUCCUCCAAUGUGGCGGUUGAUGAAAGUGAAUUUGCUGAAAUAUCUGAAUUGUGAAGCGUAUAAUGUUGCAUUACAGGCUUCUCCACCAUCUCUAAGUAGAAGAUGAUAUUCAUAUUUUCGAGAUAGAAGUACUCCCGUAUGAUGUUACGGUGUAUCUUCAAUCAUUUAACGCAACACACAUCCUCAAAUAUGAACCGAAGUUCCGAACUCCGAAGACCAUUCUACUUCUUUUCUCAAGUCUAUUUUCGUGACAUUAUCCCUCGCGGUAUUGUCGUGAAGGCACCGAUGAUUACUUUUUUCUGGCUGAAAAGAACCUCUAUUUUCUAACGCAAACGCGAAAAGCCGAACUCUUUUUUGGUUAAUUUGAAGACUGUAACAGGAGAAGCUUUGAGUUUGAACCAGUUUGCUGCAGUAGAAC